AUUCAUACUAGAGAAGGAGCUGUUCCCAGAGAGGUGUUGCACUUAACUCAUUUGCAUCUGCUCAGUGGUGAAUUUUCAGUCAAGGAUAUUCCCAUUGUUCUCUGUAAUGAAGAUAUCAAGCAAUUUACUGGCAUGGUUCAUCAGUGCUCUUCUGUCUUUCAUACUGAGAUCAAGACUGUAACUAAAUUAAUUGAACCCCAAGACCAAUUCUGAGAACCCACCCUAGGAAUGGCUCAGCUCCUCCAGCCCAUGUCCUGAAAGCUGUCAUCAGCCAGAAAUGGUUUCCAUCACAACUGAAAAUGUUACACAGCUGUACAACACAAUCACCCAGGAGCUCAGAGUCAGUACACCAGAUUUCCGCAAUAAUUCAGGAGUGCAUCAGAUAAAACAAAAUGAAUGUGUCAGUGCAGAUGCAUGGAAAUGGCUACAGGAUUUUCAGCCUGCAUUCCUCUGGUUUAUAUUUAUUCUGGGAUCAAUAGAAAAUUCCUUUGUGCUCACCGUCCUGUGUUUCCACAAGAGUAGAUGCACAGUGGCUGAAAUUUACCUAGCAAACAUGGCAUUUGCUGACCUGAUGUUAGUCUGUACUUUACCCUUCUGGGCCAUUAAUAUUUCUAAUAAUUUUCAUUGGCCUUUUGGCCUGUUUCUCUGUAAAGCCAUCAACAUUAUGAGCUACAUGAACUUAUAUUCUAGCAUUUAUUUCCUGACACUAGUGAGCAUUGACCGCUACCUGGCCUUGGUGAAAACCAUGUCUCUUGGACGGAUGAGACGAACUGUCUGUGCCAAAUGGUAUUGUUUUGUAAUCUGGACAUGUGCAUUGCUCAUUUGUUCACCUACAAUGGUGUUUCGAAAUCUGAGUUAUUUUAAAGAAUACAACAUCACAGCCUGCGCUCUUCUUUACCCAUCCAGCUACUGGGAGCUCACAAACAACUGCUUGCUGAAUAUUGUGGGGUUUGUGUUCCCAUUCUGUGUAAUUACCUAUUGCACUGUGCAAAUCAUCAAAGCCUUACGAAGCAGUGAGCUACGAAAAAUGAACAUAGUCCAGACAGAAAGGAGAGCCACCAUGCUGGUCCUUGCUGUGCUCUUGCUGUUCAUCAUUUGCUGGCUUCCAUUCCAGAUCAGCACGUUCACUGACACAAUCCGUUACUUCUCACCCACACUCAAAUGCCUGGAAGACAUCAAUGACAUACUGACCCAAAUAGCCACGUACUGUUCCUUUAGCAACAGCUGCCUGAACCCAAUCUUGUAUGUGAUUGUUGGGAAAAACUUCCAGAAGAAGGCUAUGGAAUUCUACAAGGACUUGUUCACAAGGAGGUGCAGAAAAUUACAGUCUGUGCAGAUGGAAAAUUCCCUGGACACUUUAAGAACUUCCAUUUCAAGCGAAUACCCAAAGAAAAUGUCUGUUUUGCCAUUAUCCCAAUAGCAUAAUCUUAGGAAAUCCUUACAGGAAGAAUGCCUUCUAACAUAUCAGUCUCUGCUCCUAUCCAUCUGCUACAAGUCCACAGAGUAAACACGUACUAGUGUUCAUUAUAUGAGGGAAAACAAUGGUUUGAUCUUUUUGGAAAUUCCAUAAAGAGACCUGCUUCUAAUGUUAUUGGAUGUUUUUCAUGACUGAAUCCUGUUUUGUGGCUUACUUACAUUUUCGUGGCUGAAUAAUAUUUGGCUCAUGUAUCAUUUGGAAUGUUUCCAUUUCUAAGGUGUACAUACAAUUCUCUGAACAGAGCCCCAGUAGAGAAGCUAUUGUCAGGAUUGUGCAGCUACUUAUGGUACCCACAAUAGUGUGUUAGAUAAGAUUUUUGAUCUGGGAGGGGCUUGUGUUUGAGUAAGUUCCAUUAAGUGAAUCCAUUUUUAGAUGUGUCCAUCUUUUGGGUUUUUAAUUUCUCUCUUCAAUCAUCCAAAACUCUCCGAUUUUUUCAUUGACAAGCAGUGCAUUUUUGCAACUGCUCCAGUUAGUUACAGAUUUACAUGAGCAAGUGUGUAUGGAAAGUAGCUGGAAAAAAGGUAAAGCUGUAGUGGAAGGGAAGCUGCAUCCAGCUGCAUGCAGUUAGCUGAGUUUUCUUUGUAGAAGAUUCUUUACCCCUUCUACCUUGGAGUGAAAGCAUUAAUUUACUCCUUUUGAGUGAGCGAAUGCUAUUUACAUUCACGCUUACACUUCAGUUCAGACACUUGGGUUUUUAGUAUUCACAAAGCAUAAUGAAUGUUUUUUAACGGAUAUAUAAAAUCUCAGCACAAUUGGUAUAAUCUCACAAGCGGAAGAAACUGAGAAUAUGAAGGAGAGCAUCACCUAACUACAUUAGAAAUCUAACUGAAGAUAACAGGGGUCUUUAAAGUUCAGAGUAUUCAAGAAUGGCCUUUUCAGAUUCUAGUAAUACCUACAUUUUAUUUGUAGAGUUAAUCUGUGAGAUUUUAAUACAAGAUAGCUUUUCCCUAAUUGGACUGUAUUUUUGAUCUAAGUUGAUUAUACACGUAAGAAAGCUCAUAGUGUACUGAAUUGUCUGUAUGCCCUUUAACCUCUAGGAACCUUGAUCUAAAUGGAGUGGAAGAUGAUCCAGUGUAUGCUGAAACUAACAGUCUUUUUUCUUUUUAAAGCACUUAAGGUUACAGCUUUUAAAGCCACCAAGGGAAAUGAAGUUUGGUGACAUAAGCAAACUCAGACUGCAACUACAUGGUCUUUAUUCAUUAGAGCUUGAAUGGAGAAAUAAAGUUCAUUUAAGAUGGGAAAUUUGUAUUAAACCUUCAAAUAACUGAACUGCUAAUUAGAAGUGUGCAGACGUGCUUUAAAGACUACAGGAUUUAGAUCACCCUAUGUGAUUUAUAGGCAAUUGCCAUAGCUUUUCUUUGAUAACCUAGUAUAAUCUUAAGUCAUAAAUACUUCUACUGCUCAUCCUUUUUAUUGUCUGAAGCAAGAGGGACAACUAUGACAAAACACUGCAAGGCUUUCUGUUAUAUCCAGUGUUAUCACAUUGUCUCAUCCAUGAGCAUGCUGUUCAAGCAACCAUUACACAAAAGGAAUUCCAUGCAGAGGUUAUUCAGGCAACAGAAGUUAUUUCUGAAUAUUUGGUACUGAGUAGUAAAAUAUAAAAAUGUUAUUGUGUUAAUAUCACAGUAAUUUAAACAAUGUAAAUACAUAGACAUUUUUUGCUAUGCAGUAAGCAUGUACAAAAGAAAAUAAAGUACUUUGAGAAAUGA